UCGAGUGAGCCGCAGGGAGCGCGGGCCGGAACCUUCUUUUUUCCGCGGCCGCCCGGAAGGUUUUCAGCGCGGGAGCAGGAGGCGCCGGAAGCGGGAGGCGGCGGCGGCGGCAUGGCGGGCUGGGUGCUGCUGGGCCGGCUGUGGGGCCGGCUGUGGGCGGCAGCGGGGCCUUCCGCCCACAGGGGGCAGCUGGGCUUUGUAGUCAGGCACAUUGACAGUGCAACGUGGUGGAGUGAGCAUCUUUCUGAAAAGAAUGUCCAGUUCCUCAAGAAGAUAACUGCGGAGGAAUACAAAGCUCAGACAGUCAGCAAACUGUGCCCUCUGAAAGAUGAACCGUGGCCGCUGAAUGAGUGGAAGCCAGAUUCCGUCCGAGUUGGUGUUGUUGCAGUAAAACUGGGAAUGAUGCCAAUAUGGACCAAGUCAGGAAAAAAACAUGCUGUCACACUACUUAAGGUGCAAGAUUGCCAUGUUUUAAAGUACAUUUCAAAGGAAGAGUCUGGAGGGAAAACAUGUAAACUACUUGUUGGAGGCAAAAACGCAUCUCCUUUUCAUAAACCAGAGUCUGCACUGGAAAUUUUUAAAGAAGCUGGAGUGCCACGGAAGCAGAAAAUUACAACAUUUAGUGUAACAGAUGAUGCCAUAAUUAAACCAGGUACUCCUUUGUAUGCUGCUCAUUUCCGCCCAGGGCAGUUCGUGGACGUUACUGGAAAAACAAUCGGUAAAGGAUUUCAAGGUGUCAUGAAAAGGUGGGGGUUUAAAGGUCAGCCUGCAACCCAUGGCCAGACGAAAACUCACAGACGUCCUGGAGCAAUAUCUACCAAUAAAGCCUCCAAAGUUUAUCGUGGAAAGAAAAUGCCGGGUAAAAUGGGUAACAUCUAUAGGACAUCUUUUGGAUUAAAGGUGUGGAGGAUCAACACAAAACAUGACAUUAUUUAUGUGAAUGGGUCUGUUCCAGGUCACACAAAUUGUCUGGUGAAGGUCAGAGACAGCAAAUUGCCUACUUACAAGGACUGCAAUAAAAACCCUCCAUUCCCUACAUUUUUUGCUGAUGGAGAUGAAGAACUACCAGAAGACCUGUAUGAUGAAGAGAUUUUCCAGUUCACGGAUCCAUCUGUCACAUAUGCAUAAUGUUCUUCACAUCCUUGAAAACACAAUUUUGUUAUUUUCACAAACUUUGCAAUGCUGUAUAAAAGCAAACCUAUGAACUGUAGUCUGGCCAACUGACUGGAACACUUCAGAUAUUGCCAUUUUGGUCAGGUUAUAAGAUUUACCACUGUCAAUUUCAAACCUGUAUUUAAGGCAGCAGAUGAGUGAGGGACAGGUUGUAAAACACACAGAACAGUUUGUCUUCAGCGGUCUUCUGUCCUCCUGUCUCAGGCUGUGAGAACUUGCACAUUUCUGAAAAACUGUUUUGAAGAUGGUUCCAUUUAAUUUUCCGAAUGAUACCAAACUCUGUUUCUCUGUUGGGAGAAGUAUUCUGGCCAUCUCUGGUCAAUCAAAAAAACUUCUAAAUCUGCUUUGGCAUCUGGGGGGAUCUGUGAAGAAUAAUCCAAAAUAAAACAAGAAAAUGCAUUGCUCUGUA